AUGGGUCUCUGCCAUGGAAAACCCAUCGAACACCAAUCGAAGAGCCUCACCGUCUCCGGCGAGGCCGAGGAGGCGCCGCCGAAUUCGCAACCAGCGAAAUCCUCCGGCUUUCCUUUCUACAGCCCUAGCCCCUUGCCAAGCCUCUUCAAGACCUCACCCGCCAUAUCCUCGAGCGUGAGCUCCACGCCCCUACGUAUCUUCAAACGUCCCUUCCCGCCUCCGUCGCCGGCGAAGCACAUACGCGCCCUCUUGGCGCGUCGGCACGGCUCCAUCAAGCCCAACGAGGCCUCGAUCCCUGAAGGGAGCGAGUGUGAGAUCGGUCUCGACAAGAAUUUCGGCUUCUCGAAGCAGUUCGCUUCACACUACGAGCUCGGAGACGAGGUGGGUCGCGGCCAUUUUGGGUAUACUUGCUCUGCGACGGCGAAAAAAGGAAGCUUGAAAGGCCAAGAUGUUGCAGUCAAAGUUAUUCCCAAAUCAAAGAUGACCACUGCAAUUGCAAUAGAGGAUGUUAGACGAGAAGUGAAGAUCUUGCGGGCCUUGACUGGUCACAAGAAUCUAGUCCAGUUCUAUGACGCGUAUGAAGAUGACGAAAAUAUCUACGUUGUCAUGGAGUUAUGUAAGGGCGGUGAACUCUUGGACAGAAUACUUCAAAGGGGUGGCAAAUACUCGGAAGAUGAGGCUAAAAAAGUUAUGGUUCAGAUUCUGAAUGUAGUGUCCUACUGUCAUCUCCAAGGCGUCGUUCACCGUGACCUUAAGCCCGAGAAUUUUCUGUUCACUACUAAAGAUGAAGGUUCUCCUUUGAAGGCGAUUGAUUUUGGUCUCUCCGACUAUGUGAAGCCAGAUGAGAGGUUGAAUGAUAUUGUAGGAAGCGCUUAUUAUGUGGCACCGGAGGUUCUACACCGGACAUAUGGGACUGAGGCGGAUAUGUGGAGUAUUGGAGUGAUAGCUUAUAUUCUUCUCUGUGGCAGCCGACCCUUCUGGGCCCGCACUGAAUCCGGAAUCUUCCGAGCUGUCCUUAAAGCAGAACCUAAUUUCGAAGAAGCUCCUUGGCCAUCACUCUCACCUGAUGCCAUAGAUUUUGUGAAAAGAUUGUUGAACAAAGAUUACCGGAAAAGACUAACUGCCGCCCAGGCUUUAUGUCACCCCUGGCUGGUUGGUUCCCAUGAUGUAAAGAUACCAUCCGAUAUGAUCAUAUACAAGCUCGUUAAGGCAUACAUAAUGUCGUCUUCUUUAAGGAAAUCGGCUUUACAGGCUCUUGCCAAAACGUUAACUGUACCACAGCUGGCUUAUCUCCGGGAGCAAUUCACAUUACUGGGACCGAGCAAAAAUGGAUAUAUCUCAAUGCAGAACUACAAAACUGCGGUCUUGAAGAGCUCUACUGAGGCUACGAAGGAUUCACGGGUCUUGGAUUAUGUAAACAUGAUUAGUUGCCUUCAAUACAAGAAAUUGGACUUUGAAGAGUUUUGUGCUUCGGCCUUGAGUGUUUAUCAGCUGGAAGCCAUGGAAACAUGGGAACAGCAUGCACGGCGUGCUUAUGAGUUGUUUGAGAAGGAUGGCAAUAGGCCUAUUAUGAUCGAGGAACUUGCAUCGGAACUUGGACUCGGACCAUCAGUCCCGGUUCACGUGGUGCUACAGGACUGGAUAAGACAUUCCGACGGUAAGCUUAGUUUCUUGGGUUUCGUCAGACUCCUCCAUGGCGUGUCCUCCCGGACACUUCAUAAAGCUUAGAGAGCUCUCUCUCUCUAUCUAUCAUCAGUUACAGUUCAGACACAGGCUGAAACCUUUUGUCAUCUACUUCCUCGGUGCAAAAGGACAAGAACCCUGCUUCUCAAAAGCCCUUUCGAUUCUGAAACGCCUAAGGAAACCGUUAGACAAACUUAUCAUCACAUUGUUAGAUGAAAGCUCUGAGACUUAUGGCAGGAAAAAAUCGGGUUCUGUCUGGGUUUCCCGUGGUUUGCUUUUUCUUUUCUAGUUUUGUUUUUUCCUUUUUAUGUUCUCUUAAUGAUCAGCAAGAGUUGAGUCUGUGGAGAUGAGAGAAGAAAGGGAGGGAGAGGGGAAGUUUCAAGAGCUGAUUUGUACAGAAGAGACAUAAUCCAUAACAAGGAAGAAGACAGACAUUCCCUUGUGAAUGCUGUCAGUGAUGAUGUUUUAAUUUCCCUGUUGUAAUAAUAAACGCAAACACCCACUUCCUGUUC